AUGCCGCUACUCGACGAGAUGCCACUACUCGACAAAAUGCCACUACUCAAUAAAAUGCCACUACUCGACAAAAUGCCACUACUCGACAAAAUGCCACUACUCGACAAAAUGCCACUACCCGACAAGAUGAUAAAAUCGAUUUGCAUCAGUAGGAAUGCGAUUUGUAAGUCGAAUGAUACAUUGCUAUGUGCCGUUAGGAACGAUAAUCAGCGGGAAUAUAAAGAUUUCGUUAAUUCCUGCUAUUUAUUACUGGAGAACAUGUGUGAUACACCGGACAACGAAUACUACAUAAUCAGUGAUGGUACUUGUUCAGAAUAUUUGAACGCAAGACGGGAUUCGUCUAAACCAGAAAACGAAACUGCAAAGGCACCACUCCGAUCUCAAGAAGCGACUUAUAGUACUCUGUACGAGGUGGAUACGGCAUUUGAUCUUCACUUGUGUCCCUACUCGUGCCCAGACACCUACUCCCCGGUCUGCCUGAACGUGAACAGGAAUUACGGGAAAUACUUAAAGAUUUACACAUUUAUCAAUCAUUGUUCGGGAGAUCUGUAUUAUUGCAAGCAUUGGGAAGAAUUUAGCCCACCACCAGGCGAAGACUCUGAGAAGGUCACCAGUUCAGCGCUAAGUUGGUCCUUUUGCGCCUCAUCGAGAUACUUAUUAUUCACUCGAUUCGCGGAAUCGUCAUCGUCGCUUGGCCACUACGGCUGGUUAUCCGGAAACUACCGGUACAAACACAUAAUGGCACCACAAGAACGCAUGCCCGGCUUUGGAAAGUAA